AUGGUGAGCGCAGGCGCGGGCGCAUCGGGCGCAUCGGACGCGUCGGGCGCAUCGCCCGCUCGUCGCGUGCUCGUGCUCUACGGUUCGGAGACUGGGAACGCGCAAGACGUCGCGGAGCGCGUCGUGAGAGAGGCCAAGCUCAAGCAUUACGCCCCCGUGCUCAUGACCAUGGAGGGAUAUGACGUGCGAACGUUACCUCGCGAGCGGUGCGUGGUGUUUGUCACGUCCACCACAGGACAGGGUGACGAACCGAGGAACAUGAAGAGCUUUUGGAGAUUUUUGCUGCGGCGGAGUUUGUCCGCGACGUCUCUGACGAACAUGUCCUACGCCGUGUUCGGGUUGGGCGAUUCGGGAUAUCAAAAAUAUAACGUCACCGCUAAAAAACUUUUUCGGCGCCUGCAAGGGCUCGGGGCAAACGCGAUUGAAGCGCUUGGGUUGGGAGAUGACCAGCACCCACUUGGGUACGAGGCGGCGUUGAAUCCGUGGUUGAGAGAGUUGUGGAAAUCUAUGCGCGAGAUAUUUCCGUUGCCACCGCACUUGAAAGACCUCACCGAGGCCGAGCUCUCGAGUGCGCCGUUACCCGCUUGUAGAUUCGCACACACGGCGUUGCGACUCGCGCUCGCGGCGGCUGAUGCGAGCGACGCUAGCACUUCAUUCUCAAAAGCUGAGUACGAAGCUCGCGAAUCGCGCGACACAACGUAUUACGAUGGAUUCGUGAGUGAGAAUAGAUGUUUGACGAGUGACGACGCCGUCAAGGAGGUUCGUCACCUAGAAUUUCAAACCUUAGACGCCUCGAUCGCGCACUACGAAGCAGGUGAUGUGUUAGGCGUGAUACCUUUCGCAACGCGUGCCGCCGACGCCAAAGUCUCGGCUCUGAUUGAGCGUCUGGGCAUGUCUCCGGAUGCUUGGGUGCGCGUUUAUCCUUCGUCGGCGCCCGAGACGAAGGCUGCAUUGUUCCCGUUGAUUCAGGUCAAGUACUUACUCGCAGGUGCGAUCGAUGUGGAUUCUGCAUCCCCAAGACGUUACUUUUUUGAGGUCAUGAGUCAUUUUGCCGAAAGCGAACACGAAAAGGAGCGUCUUCAGUACUUUGCCUCGGCAGAGGGCGCUGUGGAUUUGUACAAGUACAAUCAGCGCGAGCGAAGGACGGUGUGUGAAAUAUUCGACGAUUUUCCGUCGUUAAAACCGUCACUGGCGUGGCUUUUGCAAGUAGCUCCUCACUUGCAUCCGCGAUAUUAUUCCAUAUCGUCUUCUCCAGCGGAUACUGAGCGGACGGCGGCGACGCACAUCACCGUUGCCGCUGCGGAAUGGGUGACACCGAUGAAACGGGCGCGGAAAGGAUUAUGUUCUUCCUGGCUGAACUCUUUGGACGUUGGCACGCGCGUGAAAUACUCUAUCACCAAAGGAAGCAUCAGUUUACCACCACCCGAGACCCCAUUGAUUCUCAUCGGUCCGGGCACUGGUAUCGCACCAUUUCGAUCCUUUGUUCGAGCACGCGUGCUGCAAUCCUCCACGGCAAGCGCAUUGGUCGUGUUUGGAUGCCGUCACGCACGGCACGAUUAUUUAUAUAAGGAAGAGUGGAAACAAAUUGAAAAAGAUGGCUCUUUAAUUGGUUCUGGCGGCGAUUCACUCGGAGGUGUUGUCGUCGCGUUUUCUCGCAUGGUGCCAGAGGCGAAGAAGCGAUACGUGCAAGAUUGCGUCAAGGAUGAAGCGAAACGUAUAUGGUCCUUGCUCGAGGCUGGAGCGAAAGUCUUCGUAGCUGGAUCGGCAGAAAAGAUGCCCGCGGCCGUGCACAAAGCGAUCCAGGAGGUCGUGCGCGAGCAAGGAUUGCUCGACGAGGACGCAAGCGCACGAUACAUGACUAAAUUAGAAACGACUGGUCGAUAUUUUGUCGACGCUUGGUAG